GGGCGGUGGGCGAUCUUACCUCAAAUUCGCGUGACACCGGGUGAGAGCAACCUCGCAAGCCAGGCUCUUUUACCCACGCUCCUCGCGGCCCACGCUUUGGGGUGAGAGCGGGUUGGGCAGUGAGACAGAGGAAGAGGGCAGACAUAUACAUCCGGUUUUCUGCGAUUGCCAUUGGUGGUGCUUCGAAUGCGGAGAAUACAGGUGCUUCCGGUUGAAUUUCAGCGAUAUAAAAACAAUAAAAGCUUAUUAUCAACAUUCAACUUGCGAUUGACCGACGUCUCGAAUUGCUUUCCGAUUUUCAUACUGGUGAGAUUUGGACAUGAACUUGUGUAUAUGUUCCGGAAAAUAACAACGGAUACAUUUACAUCAACACAGCUUUUAUUAUGGCUUUGAAAUUUUUACAACAAAUCCAACUGUUGCUUUGGAAAAACUUCUCAAUUCGACGGCGUCAGUGGUUGAGAAAUGCAGUCGAAAUUGUGUGGCCAUUGAUGCUUUUUCUAAUCUUGGUGCUAGUAAGAAAAAGACGCCCUGCUGCAUUCCGUGAUUCUGACAUUUACAGACCACAAGCUCUGCCGUCGGCUGGGUUGUUUCCUUUCAUUCGUGGCUUUUUUUGUGACUUCAUCGAUUAUGGUACGAGCUACAAUGGCAAUAAUAGUGUGGAUUUGCCAGAUAAUAAAAUGUUAUUUGAUAUUUUCGAAGAUGUUCAAAGUUUUCUUGAAAGUCGAGAUCUAACCCGAGAUCCAACCAUUUCGUCGCUUGUCGAGAGCCCAGAUGAUGUUAGACAGUUCCUCAUCAAGAACCUGUCAUUUUCUCCAAAUUUAGCGGACAGCGUUUUGGACGCCAGAGUUAACUUUUCGAAGUUCAAUGGAAGAAGUCCGCCGUUUUUAUCAAGACUGUUGCCAUUUAUGGUUCUUGGUCAACCUUUACAAAACAGAACAGUUUUGUUCAACAGUUUACAAAGAGCUUGCAAUACUUCGUCAUGGGGUGGAUAUCUUAUAUUUUCGUCGCCUGAAAGCGAAAUGGCAUUUCAUGAGGCUAUAUGUAAUUUAAGCAUAUCUCAAGUCAAUGAGCUCCCUCUUGAAAUGAGAAAUCAAUUGAGGCUUCCUAAUGGCAUAAUAAAACUGGCACAAAAAGUACAAGAGAAUGGUGGAUGGUACGAAGCAAUUUGUGGCCGGAAAAUGGAUCCUUCUUUGACAGGCGAAGACGACGGACCAACUACGAUGAAGCCAGAGGAAGAAAAAGAAAAAGAAGAGGCUCAAAAUAAGAUUAAAAAAAAUUCCUGUGCUUGGAUGACACCACUGGAUAAAAAAAUGUCAGAAUUUCAUAAUUAUACAGGCAAUGGAAAAUGUUCAGCAGUAAAACCUGAGCUAAGGUCCGACUGUGGUUGGGGCGGAAUAAACAAGAAGUCAUGUGCUAAAAUUGGUUGUUGUUAUGAUGACUCAAUUUCUGACAAGUUCUAUUGUUAUUGUCCAGAGAAUGAUAGAUGCUGUAAGUUUCGUGCUUGUCUGCUCGAUAAUCUUGGCACAAGCUUUAGUGGCGGCGACUCAAGACGACGAAGCUUCUUUCUCCAGUUAAUGAAGACGUUUUUAUCAGCCAAGAUAUUAUAUACUCCUGAUAAUCAACACACACGUAGGAUUAUAGAAAAGGCGAAUUUUACAUUUUCUGAGAUGGGUUUUGUCUGGGAGCAAAUUCGUAUGGCCGCAAAGAAUGGAAAUUUUCAGCCACCGCAAAUCGAUCCCCCAAGCUUUUUAAACUCUCCGAACUUUAACAUGUUGCGACUUCUUCUUUCUCUGAACGGAGGUGCAUCUGGGUUUUCAGAACGAUUUCAGACUAUUGCACGGCUCAUCGCUGAUAAUGGAGACUGUCUUUCUUUUGACUAUUUCAAACCUGUGAAGAAUGAGAGAGAGGCAGAGAGAUUAGCGUUGACAGAAAAAGGAUACCCACCCCUUGCAACUGUGGUAUUUAAGAACGUACCUGACGAUGCUGAAGAGUUGUCUCCUCAUGUCGAGUACAAAAUACGACAAGACAUCGACACAGUUCAAAAUCCACGAUGGAAACGGCACAGAUAUUGGCGGCCAGGCCCAGAAAACUCCAUGUAUAGACUGAGAUAUAAGUUCUUUGGUUUCAUAUUUUUGCAAGACAUGAUUGAUCGAGGCAUUACGGAGGCUCAGACAAAUGAAACAGUUAAAACAGGAUUGUUUCUGCAAAUGAUGCCUUACCCUUGCUAUAUUUAUGACAGGUUCUCAUACACGAUCUCAAACUCAAUGCCACUGUUCAUGACAUUAGCCUGGAUCUACAGCGUAGGAAUGAUAAUUAAAACAAUUGUUCAUGAGAAGGAGACACGACUGAAAGAGGUGAUGAAGGUGAUGGGUUUAACCAAUUCCGUUCAUUGGUUAGCUUGGUUUAUCACGAGUGUAAUUAUGAUGAUGAUAACUACAAUACUUCUUGUCAUGGUUCUAAAGUUCGGAGAUAUUCUUCAAUACAGCGAUCCUUCUGUCAUCUUCGUGUUCUUUUUCGUGUUCACGAUAUCAACAAUCAUGUUCUGUUUCUUGAUAAGCGUGUUCUUCUCGCGUGCUAACGUAGCUGCUGCGUGCGGUGGUCUCAUUUAUCUUACAACGUAUCUACCGUAUGUAAUACUCACGAUAUUCGAAGAAAACGUCAACAAGUCGCAUCUUAUAGCCAGUUGUUUAUUAUCACCGACGGCAUUUGGUAUCGCGUGUCGAUAUUUUGCAAGAUUUGAAGAGCAAGGCAUUGGUUUACAGUGGAAUAAUCUGUACUCUAGUCCAGUUUACGGCGAUGAGUUCAGCGUUGGAGGAGCCAUGAAUAUGUUAAUUGUCGAUGCUUUCAUCUAUGGUUUAUUCACGUGGUAUAUUGAAGCUGUUUUCCCAGGAGAUUUUGGGGUACCCAAGCCAUGGUAUUUUCCGUUCAUGAGGUCAUACUGGUGUCCAUCACGAAAAAGAAGCAGAACUCUUGGUUCGCAUCAUGAUACUCAGAUAUACCGAGUACUUGGUGAUCAGGCCGUAGAACUGGGAUCAGUCGACUCUCCAGUGACACCCGCAGAUUCUAAUGUCGCAAUGGAGCGGGAACCAAGACAUUUACCUUUGGGAAUUUCAAUGAGAAAUCUAAAGAAGGUUUACAGCAAUGGAAAAGUAGCAGUUGAUGAUUUGAGCCUAAAUCUUUAUUCUGGACAAAUUACAUCAUUCCUUGGUCAUAAUGGAGCGGGAAAAACCACGACGAUGUCGCUGCUGACCGGCAUUUAUCCACCUACUGAGGGCACGGCUUUCAUCGAAGGAAGAGACAUUCGGAGUAGUAUGGACGAAAUUCGCAACAGUCUUGGUAUAUGCCCACAAUACAAUGUCUUGUUUGAUGAUCUCACUGUUGAAGAACAUCUCUGGUUUUACGCCAAGUUAAAAGGAUUGGAUAAUAACCUUAUUCCAGAUGAGAUUGAAAAGUUCCUCGCUAAUUCUCAUUUAAUACCAAAACGGAAAGAAAGGUCAAGAUUUUUAUCUGGGGGAAUGAAACGGAAGCUGUCUGUGUCAAUGGCGUUUGUCGCUGGCUCAAAGACUGUGAUACUUGAUGAACCAACGGCUGGUGUUGAUCCGUACGCCCGCAGAGCAAUAUGGGACUUGCUCUUGCAAUACAAAAAAGGUCGGACAAUAUUGCUGUCCACUCAUCAUAUGGACGAAGCUGACGUACUAGGAGACCGUAUUGCAAUAAUUGCUCAAGGCAAACUAUGUUGUUGUGGAACUUCGCUGUUUCUCAAAAGUCAAUAUGGUAGCGGUUAUUACCUUACGUUGGUGAAGAAAGAUCUUGUGAGUAAUGUGAAAACGCGAGCUCUUGACGCAGGACCAAGACGAGAUAGCGAUGAUGAUCAGAGUGAAACAUCAAGCAGAAGUAUUGAUGAAGGUGUAAGUCUGGGAGAUUCAGCCUCUGAAGUGAGUGAACUUGCAACAGACUACGAUAAACCAUCACAACUUUCACUAACUGCCUUCAUCAAGUCUUAUGUUGCUCAAGCGGAGUUAGUUGAGAGUGUUGGUACUGAGAUGACGUAUGUUUUACCCACUGGAGAGUCCCAUGGGAGCAAGUUUGAGAACCUUUUCGACGCAUUAAAUCAAAAUCUGGAGAGGUUUAACAUUAGCAGCUUUGGUGUUUCUGAUACGACAUUGGAGGAGGUUUUCCUGAAAGUGGCUAGUGCCGGAAGUAUUGAGGAAGAAGAGGAAGUGAAGUCAUCUUAUCCCACAAGACGUAUCAGUGUAAGAAAUGAAAAAAGCAAGUUUGAGCGUUUCAAAUUAAUGUUCCAGAGGAAACAGAGAUCCACCGCGAUUGGGUCCGUUGAUGAAGAUGAUAUUACUCAAGACGCAGGGGAAGAAGAUGCUUUGGAAGACGAAGAAGUGUCAAAUGAUAUUGAUGAUGUUUUCAGAGCUCCGAGAAUUAAACCUAAAGCAACUGGUUUAAAUUUAAUUAAGAAACAAUUCAUUGGUUUACUCAAGAAACGAUUUAACCAUGCAAGACGAAACAGAAAAGGCUUUAUCUCUCAAAUUGUUCUUCCAGCUUUAUUUGUCUGUUUGGCAAUGGUUUCAGCCAUGCUUCGUCCUCCAGUUGGUCAACUACCUGCAUUGAAACUCACUACAACUGAUGCCAUACCUCAACCUAAUACAAUGUUCUUUGCUGAUGCAACACAAUCUCCAAGUGGAAAACGACUCGCAGAUACGUUAGUUAACCCCCCUGGAGUAGGAAGCUAUUGUGUUCCUCUCAAUUGCUCAAAAGAAAGACUUCGUUUCAAUAAAGGCUACGCAACUGUUCCUCGCUCAUCGCGAUUUUUCCAAUCAUGUUCAUGUAAGACAGGAACUGCUGUAUGUUCAGACAAGUGUUGCAAGUAUCCACCCCCAAAAGCUUCGUCAGAUACUGGUGACACUGUGCUUAAUAUCACUCUCCGGGAUUAUAAUGAUUAUAUUCUCAGGACAACUAAACAGUUUCGCAAGAAAAGAUACGGAGGUGUCACAUUUGGUCACAAGAUAAAUGUUCCUGAAAGAAUUCGUAGUAACACGGAUGCGAAAAUCCGGCGACUUUUUGCAACAGAAGGAAUUAAGGCCUGGUACAGCAAUAAGGGCUAUCAUGCAAUGCCAACUUUCUUAAGCGUCGCAACUAAUACUUUGUUACGUGAGCGAGUUUCUUCAAAAGGCACAAAUCCAAGACGAUACGGAAUAACGACAUAUAAUCAUCCGAUGAACUUAACAAAAGGAGAAUUAUCUGAAGCAACAUUGAAAAAUAUGACCCGAACUGACCUGGUAAUGGCUAUUUUUGUGAUCUUUGCACUUGCAUUUGUUCCUGCAAGUUUUGUUGUUUUUCUUAUCAAUGAACGUGUUUCGAAAGCCAAACAUCUACACAUGGUUUGUGGUGUGAAUCCUCUUAUAUACUGGGUAUCCAACUUCGUCUGGGAUAUGUGUAACUAUUGCAUCCCUGCAUUUUGUUGUAUCUGCAUAUUCCUCGCAUUCCAAGAGAAGUCGUACACUUCAGCUGAUAACUUUGGACCAACUCUGUUGUUACUGUUGUUAUAUGGGUGGUCGAUAACGCCUCUGAUGUAUCCAGCUUCCUUCGUGUUUGAGAUCUCAAGCACAGCUUACAUCGCCCUAAUUUGUAUUAAUCUGUUUAUUGGAAUGAACACGACCAUCGCGACUUUUGUUCUGGAGUUCUUUGACGAUGAUGCUGAGCUCCAGCUGAUCAAUUCCUACCUCAAGCAAAUCUUUCUCAUUUUCCCAAAUUAUUGCUUGGGCCGAGGACUUAUUGAUCUAGCAAAGAAUCAAAUAUUCGCUGACGUCUACAAAAGAUUUGGUAGCGAUAUUUUUAAAGAUCCAUUGAGUUGGGACAUCACUGGCAGAAAUAUCCUCUCUAUGUUUGUGUUGGGUUUUGUCUACUUUGCAUUUACAUUGUUGAUCGAAUACAGGUUCUUCAUUAAAAAAAGGAAAGUAAUUGGUGAGUUAUCUAGUGGUGCAGAUUGUGACGAUGAUGUCCGUAAUGAAAGACAACGUGUUAAGAAUGGUGAUGCUAAUUCUGAAUGUCUUCGUCUUGUUAACCUGACAAAGGUCUACCAAUCCAAAUUUAGUCGCUCAAAGAAUGUCGCAGUGAAAGAACUUUGUCUUGGUGUUCCACGUGGACAGUGCUUUGGAUUACUUGGUGUAAAUGGUGCUGGUAAAACUACAACAUUCAAGAUGCUAACUGGAGAUAUUGGCGUAACUAAAGGCGAUGCUUACAUUAAUCAACACAGUGUUGUCGACGAUAUUUUGGCUGCGAGACAAAGUAUGGGAUAUUGUCCACAGUUUGAUGCUCUCAAUGAUCUUCUCACUGCCCGCGAACACCUGAAACUUUAUGCCCGAAUAAGAGGAAUUCAAGAAGAGGAUGUCAACCAGGUUACUGAUUGGUGUCUACGCACACUCAAUCUUCUCCAAUACGCUGACCGGUGUGCUGGAAAAUACAGUGGAGGAAAUAAACGCAAAUUAUCUACAGCUAUUUCUUUGGUUGGUGAAUGCCCAAUUAUAUUUCUGGAUGAGCCGACAACAGGCAUGGAUCCAAAAGCCAGACGGUUUUUAUGGAAAGUUAUCUCUGACAUUGUAAAAGAUGGACGAACAAUUAUUUUAACGUCGCACAGUAUGGAAGAAUGUGAGGCACUUUGCGGAAGAAUAGCAAUCAUGGUCAAUGGAGAAUUCAAAUGUAUGGGAACACCUCAACACCUCAAGAACAAAUAUGGAGAUGGUUAUACCGUUAUUCUCAGAAUUGCGGGAGUCAUGCCUGAUUUGGAGCCUGUAAAGAAUUUCAUGGAAAAUACCUUUUUGGAAUGUGUAUUAAAGGAUCAACAUCAUAAUAUGCUGGAGUAUCAGUUACAUAAUGAGAGAACUUCUCUGUCUUUUGUAUUUGGUGAGUUGGAAAGAAGUAGAGAACAACUGAGCAUCGAGGAAUACUCCGUCAGUCAAACAACGUUAGAUCAGGUUUUUAUUAACUUUGCAAAACAACAAACAGACGGAAUGGAACCAAUCCUACCGUCAGAAUCUUCAGAUCGUUCGGAGCCGCACAGUCCGAUGAUUGGACGACAUUCGGACCGACCUGUUGAAGUGUAAAACGAUAAUUUCUCCCACUCUAAUAAUAAUAUUGCAGUUAAAUAAGACUUUUUUAAUUAAUAAAUAUGUAUAGAUAUAAAUUUCAUUGAAUAUAAUUGUGUGUACAUGUUGGCAACCAUCUGUAUAUCCGGCAUGGCCUUUCUCAUAUGUUUGUAUAUAGAUUUGUAAAAUUUCAAAUGAAUUGAAUUUUAGACUGAAUUUAUUAAACAAGUAUAUACUAGUGA